AUGCUGUUCAAUGAACCGUGGUCUCUAUCUGUAUCACUUUUCGAACGUGCCUUAGCUUGUAUUAAUUUGGCUGCAUUUCUCUCAUCGCUAGUUCAGUGGCGCGGUCAAAUCGGUAGCACAGGGAUUCUACCUGCUCGCCAUAUCGUUCGCCAUUGGAAAGAAAGGAAAAUCACGUUUUUUCAACGUCCGACACUUUGCUUACUGAUUUCCGAUUCCGAUGAUUUCCUAUUGGCAUUGCAUUGGAUAGGCAUUAUCUGUUCAAUUCUGGCUUUCUUCGCGUUGAUUCCAACAGGUAUUUGUCUGAUCGGUUGCUGGCUUUGUUACUCGUCAUUGGUCACUGUCUCGACAACCUUUAUGAGCUUACAGAUGCACUCAAAUCUAUUGGAAACAGAUCUACUCUAUAUUCUCUGCUCACCGUUUCUUGCCAUACAACCAGAAGUGUUAGUUUUCAUCCAAUGGUCACUACUAUUUCGAAUCAUGCUCGGUGGUGCUGUGGGCAAAUAUACAGGUGGAGAUCCUAGUUGGAAGGAUGGUACAGCCAUGUCGUGGCAUUAUUGGACCCAACCGUUACCAAAUCCACUGUCACCUAUUUUUUAUCGUAUGCCCGCUUCUGUUCAUAAAGUCGAAACUUACUUUACGUACGUUAGUGAAGGCAUUGGAGCAUUACUUUGCUAUACGCCGCAAACAACUCGAUGGCUUGCAUUUGUAUUCUUCCUGAUGAUUUUACUGGGGAUCAAUUUCACGGGAAACUAUGCACAUUUGGCGCCGCUGACAAUCACGGAAAUGAUUUUACUUUUGAAUGAUAAUGUUUGGCGUUCGCUAAUUCCAUUUCAAUGCAUUAUUUCAUUUCUGGAAUACACAUCUACUCCGCCAUAUGUGGUCGCGUGGCCAUUUAAAUUGAUACCAUGGGCAUUUAUCGGUCUGCCUUACUUUUUCAUUUCACUUGUACCGUUACUGGCAACAUUUCAUGAUGAAAAUCCCUUUUCGUGGCCAAUCUUUACUCGUUAUUCAUCUCAUCCGUUGAAAGUCACACAAUUUAUCUACCGACAUACGUCCUUUCAAAGAUUUUUCCUACGACCAUGGAAUUACAUCAUGAAUUGGUCGGAAAAUGGGCACGAUCUAAUUUCACCGAUUCGACUCGCCGGUCGUUAUGUCAAAUUUGCACAUAUGACCAAACGUCGUUGGGAAAUCAUCAUCGAAGGCAGCGAUGAUGGAAGCAUUUGGCACGAGUAUGAUUUCAAGUAUAAACCGUCGAAUAUCAACAAGCCUUUGCCAAUUGUUCCAUUUUGUCAUAUGCCCAAUUUGGACUGGCGCCUUUGGUUUUUGCCGAAUGAAGCUGCGCGAGGUUCACCGCCUCCAGCCUGGUUCAAUGUAUUCUUACAGCGUAUUCUAGAGCAUAAUCAAGCAGUUCUAUCAUUGCUCGGCCCAUCGCCGGAACCAUUUCGGAAAAGGCCACCGAAAAUGUUACGCGCAUCGUUAUAUGACUAUCGCUUUACAUAUAAACGCGACCAAGAUCCGAAACAAUUGGUGGAAUGUCUUCCUGCGGAUCAAAUCGGUAAAACUUGGUAUCGAAAGCUUGUUCGUCUAUACACAAAUGCGAGUAAAAAAGAUGAGUGA